AUGCUCCUCCUUUCCCUCGUCCCGCCCUUCGGGCGAAGCGUCCAAGGAUCACCUGUUCCUGUUGCGAGAGCCAAGGAGGAGGAGGAGACGAUGGAAGAAAACCAUCAUCUCGCCGUGUGCCGCGCAUGGCGGCAGUGCUGCACGGAACCGCGCUCCCACUGCGGGCUCGACCGCCGGUUCCAUCCCUCGCGGUGGGUCCUACUCCGCGAGCCCCUCGCUGUCCCCAACCGCCGUUGCUUCCUAAACUCCUCCACCGGCGAAUGCAUCCAAGUGGACCUACCGGAGCUCCUUGACCAUGAGCUGCUCGCCGUCACUCCCGAGGGCCUCCUCGUCCUGCUCCACGACCAUAACCACGUCCGCCUGCUCAACCCGCUCACGCGUCACCUCAUAAAGCUACCGCCGCUCACCACGCUGCUGCCCUCUAAGGACCAUGUCUUGCUUUCCUAUUUCAACAUAGACGAUUUCUUAGCGACGGGCUCGGGCAUUGCCAGUGACGAUUCAACAGUGGUGCUCUGCUUCAAUAGGUUCUGCAUGCUUGGCACGGCCAAGCCCGGCGAUGACCACUGGAUGUUGCUGAAGUACAACCAUGAUGGGUUUACAGACACGCCGUUAAUGUUUGCAGGGCGCUUCUACCAUGUUAACGUUGAUGGUGUCAUGGCGCUGCAAAUCUCUCCAAACCAGCCACCACGGGCGGAGGUGGCUGCCAAGCUGAAUAUGCGUGUCUGCCCAUAUUCGGAAGGGUUGCACCUCGUCAACAGUUGUGGUGACCUGAUGCUGAUCCACCGUCAGAUUCUACCAUUGACGUCGCGGAAUGGAUCGUGUUACUGGUACAACAUGUAUCGUGUGAAUUUGGAUACCGGAACACUAUUCCCAGUCAAGAGCUUGGGUGGUGGCGCAGGGCGAGCGAUGUUCUGGGGCAUGCAUUGCUCUUUCUCAGUGCCUCUAGAGGUUUUCCCCUCUGGCUCCAUUAGCCCCGACACCAUCUACCCGAGCUUUGACUUUACUGAGAGAAGUCUGUUAGAAGUUGGAGCAUAUCAUCUUGUGGAUGGACGCAUCGAACGACCAUCUAGCUUGGUGCAGCGACCGCAUACUCUUGUUGACUGUCUAUCUUUGUCAAAUACGGUCGAGCUUUAG